AUGAAAAUGGAGCAAUCUCUUGAUUCUUACGAUGCUGGUCGUUUACAAGCAUUUAGCGAUGCAGUUUCUGCAAUCGUUGCUACAAUACUUAUUUUACCUUUGCGAAACGUCGUGAAAUCUAACAACGAAGAUUUUGUUGAUUAUUUGCAGAGCCACGAAGACCUAAUCAUUGUGUAUUUUGUUGCUUUCCUUGUCAUUUGCUCCGUCUGGGAAUCUCAUAUUAUGCGGUGGAUAGUGAUUUCUAGCGUGGACGAUGUACUUGUUUGGUUAAAUAUUAUUAGCUUGUUAUUUGUCUCAUUUUUGCCGUUUGCAGUCCGCCUUGUUGGUCAAUACACUGAGAAAAAAAUACCAUUGGUACUUGGCUGUGGUUUAUUACUUGUUUUGGAACUUAUUGAAAUGAUUAUGAUUUACUACACAUUCACUCAAAACAGACUUCUCCGUGCAGAACUGAAGAAUGCUCUUCCUUUUGAACUACAACAGAAGAGAAACUAUAUCCUCAAACGAAAGUUAUUGAACCCUGUACUGUAUAUUUUUGCAGCUGGCCUGAGUUUUGUGAGUGUCAAAAUUUCCUGGGCACUUAUCAUACUUGUGAUAAUUGCACCUUGUAUCAACCGGCUUGUUGAGGUUGUUAUUUAUAAGAUGAGAUUUGUUCAGGAAGAGCAGCACAUAUUUUUGUAUGAGAAUAUCAUCUGUAAAGAAAGAGUUGAGUGUUACACUGAUGGUGUUUAUGCUAUCGUUGCAACUUUACUUGUUCUGGAUAUCACUACAGAUAAUUUCCCCUCAGAAGAUGAUGUCAAAACACAUGGUAUGGCAAAGACAUUGUCACACAUGCGCUCUGAGUAUCUUACAUAUGUCGGCACCUUUGCUGUUUGUGGUCUACUUUGGUUUGUUCAUCAUUCCUUGUUUUACUCCCUCAAAAAAGUGAACUAUCUAAUGAUGAUUAUUAAUAAUGUAUCAUUAUCCUGUGUUGGAGCUCUCCCAUUUCUUGUAUCUAUCCUUAACAAAUAUGUAAAUGAUGAAUAUGACAGUGACAGACAUGCUAUUCAAUUUGGUUGUUUAAUAGUUGGCGUUGCUGGUUUGUCUCAGUUUAUGAUAUUCACCAUAGCUCUUGGUAAUAGUCAACGAUAUCUUACGCAUCAUGUGAUUCCUAUUGGUUCUCGGACAGCAAGUCAUAACUACCUUCUGAUAAAGUUGCUAAUUAUUCCAAUGAUGGCAAUUAUAAUAUUUGGCACCAGUUUUGCAAGCAUGUUUGAAGCGUAUGUCGCCUACCAUGUUCUAGUGUUUGCAACACCAUUUGUUUUUCUUUUUGUCAAGUUUAUAUACUUCAGAAUUGUGAGAAAACAAGUUGUGAUAAUGAAUGUUAUACAGGGUGAGCAGCCAGAAUGGACAAAUCAAGGCAGCACAAAUCCACCUCAUACAGGUGCAACAUUUAGUACAUCAUAUGAUCAGUUUAAGUAA